GAACCGCGCGGGGCCGGAGCGCCGGUCACAGCGAGCGGCGGCGGCGGGCGCAGCGAUUCGGAGCUGCCGCCUCUGCUCGCUUAGCCCCGCACGGCAGCCGGCGGCACGGCCGGGAGAGAGCGGAGCGGAGCCGCCGCGGAGCCUCCCCCGCCCGCCCCGAACUUUGUCGCCUUGUCGCCGGUGCGCCCCGUUCGCUGCGCGCCGGGAACUCGGGGUGCUCGCUGAAAUUCUGGAUUAUGUUCCUGCUGUGCCGGUCUGCGGGGAGCUGAGCCAGGGGAGGAAGCAUGCGGGGCUAUUUAAUGGUUUUCUGCCUUAUUUGCUGCACCGCGGACGGGCAAAUAGUGUAUUCCAUCGCCGAAGAAACAGAGCGUGGAGCCUCUGUUGGGAACAUAGCAAAGGAUUUAGGAAUAGAUGCAGCUACACUUUCAGCUCGGAAAUUUCGCAUGAUCACCGGUUCAAGUAAGCAAUAUUUUAAUAUAAAUGCCAGCACAGGGGCUUUGUCUGUUAACGAGCCCAUAGACAGAGAACAGCUUUGUGAAUUAAAGUCUGUCUGUCUUCUGAAUUACGAACUCGUGUUAGAAAACCCUCUAGAGCUUUAUAGGAUAGAAUUCAAAGUCUUGGACAUAAAUGACAACUCCCCCAGCUUUCCCUUAAGUGAAUAUCAUAUAAACAUGCCUGAGUUCCUGUCACCUGGGGCACGGUUUACGCUCCCUAAUGCCCAAGAUCUCGAUGAAGGUGCUAACGGUGUCCAGAAUUAUACUCUGAGCCCUGACGAACAUUUCUAUUUGGAAAUGCAGAUACGUGGGGAUGGGAGUAAAUAUCCUGAAUUGGUGCUGAAGAAAGCCUUAGACAGGGAGCAGCAAGCCACUCACAGACUUGUGCUUACAGCCAAAGAUGGUGGGAACCCUCCAAAGUCUGGUGAUGUCCCGGUCAUUGUGACUGUGCUGGAUACCAAUGACAACGCACCAGAAUUUGAGCACUCGGUCUACAGGGCGAGUAUCUUGGAAAACUCCCCCAGUGGCACUUUGGUAGCCCAAGUGCACGCCACGGACUUGGAUGAAGGUCCAAAUGGAGAGGUCAGGUAUUCCUUUAGCAAUACAACUUCUGCUGACUUGCAGCGGAUGUUCUCGAUUCACCCACACACUGGGGAGGUGACAGUCAAUGGCGUUUUAGCUGUUCAGAGACCCCUUCUCGAGAUGCUCAUUGAGGCAAGGGACAAUGGGGCGUUUGGCAUGUCCAGCACAGCGAAGCUGCUGGUGGAAAUCACGGAUGUGAACAAUCAUGGCCCAGAGAUUACAAUUACAUCCCUUUCCAGUCCCAUUCCUGAGGAUGCUGCUCCUGGCACAGUGAUAGCUCUGCUGAGUGUUUUGGAUAAGGACCCUGGGGAGAAUGGGAAAGUAACCUGCCAGAUCUCUGAAAACCUUCCCUUCCAGUUAAAGCCUUCCCUUCAAAACUACUACAGCCUUGUCACCAGUGAGCUUCUGGACCGAGAGCUGAUCAGUGAGUACAACAUCACCAUUACUGCCACAGACUUGGGUUCUCCUCCUCUCACCACUCAGAAGACUCUUUGGGUGCAGAUUUCUGAUGUGAAUGAUAACCCCCCUGUCUUCAGUGCUGAUGCAUUUGAUGUGUUUGUGGAGGAGAACAAUCCACUUGGUGCUUUUCUCUACCAGGUCUCGGCAUCUGACCCUGACAUAGGGGAGAAUGGACGGGUCUCUUACACGCUCAGGAAUUCCACAGUUGCAGGCAGUGCUCUGUCCAGCUUUUUGUCUAUGAACUUGGCCAAUGGGAGCAUCUAUGCAAAACGUGCCUUUGAUUUUGAGCAGCUUAGGAGCUUCCAUUUCCAAGUGGAAGCCAAGGACAGUGGGUCACCAGCCUUGAGUGCUGCCGUAACAGUGAAUGUUUACAUCUCAGACCAGAAUGACAACGCCCCAGCCAUCCUGUACCCCAUCAGCCAGAAUGGCUCACUAGCUGUGGAAGUCGUGCCCCGCCUGGCUGAUGAGGACUACCUGGUGACCAAAGUGGUGGCAGACGAUGAGGACAAUGCACAGAAUGCCUGGCUUUCCUAUCACCUCACCCAUUCCUCCGACUCCACCCUGUUCCAGCUGUCACCGCACACCGGCGAGCUGCGCACCACGCGCUCCAUGAGCUCCACCGACUUCCUCAAGCACAAGGUGGUCGUGGUGGUGCGGGACCACGGGGACCCACCGCUCUCCUCCACCGUCACCGUGGGCAUCCUGCUGGCUGACACCCUGCCCCAGGCACUGCCGGAUUUCGAUGACAGCGGGGAGCCACCGCCACUGCUCAACGCUACAAACAUCUACUUGAUCGUUUCCCUUGCCUGCGUCUCGUUCAUCUUUGCAGCAUUCAUCUUCUUCCUCGCCAUCGUCCGGCUGUGCCGGUGCCGGACUUGUUGCUGCUGCUGCCCAGCUGAUGAUUACAAAAAGUAUUGUUACAGUGUGCACAUGCUUCCCAGUUCCCACCUCCCACCGGACAUGCUGGAGGUCACUGGUGUGGGUAAACUCACUCACACCUACCUGUACAGGGCAUCUGUAGGUCUUGGGCCUAGUAACAGCAGCAUCCCAAAUGGAGAUGCUGGGAAUGUUCCUAGUGGCUCGAGGUUACAAGUGCCAGGACCCUGCAUCCAAGUGCAGCAGGUCCAAAGUGACCGGUCAAGUGUUGUCCUUGUGGCCAGUACUCUGUGUCAGUUUACAAUUAUUUGA